CUAGCGCGAGACAUCGGACUGUGGCUAGCUAGCUAACUACGAAGUUUUCGGACUAAUCGCAGAAAUCACAACCUUUCUUUCCCUCAAAAGGUAAAACUAUAAUGCAUAGUAAUAUUACAAAUAUCGAGCCUAUUUUGGUGGUUUUUUUCAGUCUCGUAAAAUGAAUGAAGAGGCGACAAUGCGUGCGCAAACGUUUGCUAGUUACAAUUUUGUUAAGACGUGACAGACUAGCUAACAUUAGCUAGCUAGCUUACGAAAAAAAAACGCCCAAAAUGUGAACAAUGAGCAGUAACGGCAUUUUCGAUGUUGAGGCAUUGUGUGUUUAAAAAGUGCUAAUAUCUGUUACCAUAUGGCAUAGUUACUACACGUUUUCACCGCUAUCGCAUAGCUAAUAACAUCCUAGUUAGCUAUAGCUAGUUAACUAACACGUAUAUUUUUUGGUACGGGUAAGUUAACGUCAACUAAUGUAGCUAGCUAGCAGUCUAGCCCGUAUGCCGAACUAAAUCAAGAGAGCACUGACUGCUGUAUAGCUAAAUUCAAUGACGAUGAUACUCGGGUUGCGUCUAUCUUCUUGGCAAGACAGGCUGAUGACUGGUCAACAAAGGGAUUGCGCUAGACUGUCAGACAGCUGUGCAAGUAUAGGGUGCGAGGUUUGUAUUCAUGAUUCUGUCAUGCAAUGUUGUGAUUGGGGGAACCAAAUUGAAUGCAAUUAACUAGCUAAUGAGUACAGACGUUCAUUCGCGGACACACUUUACUGUACCUGAAUUUAGACGCACUUGCUGAAUUUUUUAUUUAUUUUUUCCUUCAUUUUAUCCACCUUAUAUUAUCAAUCAACAAUUUCUCAAAUUAUUUUCAUUCAUGUUAUAUUUUGUAAUCUGAUAUUUGUAUUCAGUUUAUCAAAUGUUUCAUUUUAGUUGUAUGCUGUUGUGUAUUUGAUAGAGGUCCAGUGAUGUAUUAUUAUGGGUUAUAUUUUUGGCUCCAGAAGAGCUAGUAGUAUCCCUACUAGGAGGAGUGAAGGCCGAGACCAGAGAGAAAGAAGCAGACCACCAGAGAGAUAAGAGGCAUCUUGGAAGAUGUCUGCCUCGCACUUCUUCAAUGAGGACAGUGUCACGCGGUUCAAAAAGAGAAAAGCUCGCUUUACCUUCAGUGAGGUCCACAUCCUCCUGGAUGAAGUGAAGAAGAAUCGGCACAUCGUUGUUGGUAUGUACCUCUGUACCCUGCAGCACUUUAUGUUGAUGUGAUGAUUUCAGAUUUUUUUUUUUCAAACCAUGUCACAAUUUGGGUGUCAUCCAAGGCUCAUGCCAGUGUUCCAUUUCAGAAUUUAGGCACGUGGUCAUGCUUAAAUUUUGCAGGUGCACAGUAACUUGUCUUAUGCUCGAGUACCGGCUCCUCUUAGACACCAGUAUGUAUGGCCACCCGAACCACAGCAUCUGAUCCUUUUCUUAUUAAUUGUCCCUCUGACUCUUACAGGGAAGUUUAACCGCGGUGUACCAACGGAUGUGAAGAAGCGCGUGUGGGCGGAGAUCACGGCCAGUGUGAAUGAGAUCGGCGAGAGCCAGCGCGAGGUCAUCGAGAUCAUCAAGAAAUGGUCCGACCUCAAGUGCGACACCAAGCGUAAGGUGGCCGCCAUGCGGUCGGGGGCCAACUUCAAGGGGAUCAACUCGCGGCUGUCCCGCGACCUCAGCCCCACAGAGAACAUUGUACAUCAGAUCUUGGAGCUGGAUGGGAAGCGAAGCCGGGUGCCAGGUCUCCAUUAUGGGGCUUUCAAGGAGGGAGAUGAUGAUGAAGGACCAGAGGAGGAGGACGAGGAAGAGGACAUGGCGGGGAUACACAGUUACCCCAAUGAAGGAAUAGACGUCUCGAUGCCACCACCCUCCACGCUUUCCUCGGCCAUGCCCAUGUCCUUUUCCAUGGGGAUGCCGGGCCCUGGCCACACACCCAUACCCCCGGUUCAACCCAAAGACGACCAUUCUAUGGCAAACUACAGCGGCUCGUCCAGUGAGUUAUCUACUUUGAAACUGGAAGGGUCUGGGUUGUUCAAUUUAUACACCACAUACCUUUCAAGGUGUUAUCGAGGGUGCAUAUUCAAAUAUUAGAUUUUCUGUUGCAGGAGAUUCGUCACAUCCCUCUUAUGAAAUGCAGUAUGAGAUACCCACUGGUGAAGGUAAGUGUAUUUACAUGCAUGCAGUGUGGCGCGUUGACCCAACAUUCAACUCUGUCUAUAGGGUCUGAUGUGGUGUCUCAGUACUAGAAAUACGCUUGUGAAAUACUGCCUGAUGUGUGGUUUAAGGGCUGGGAAUUGCCAGGGACCUCACGAUACGAUAUCGCGAUACUUAGGUGCCGAUACAAUAUGUAUUGUGAUUCGAUGUUCCAAACAUUUUGCUCACCAUACAGUGCCUUCAGAAAGUAUUCACACCCCUUGACUUUUUCCACAUUGUAUUUACAGCCUGAAUUUUAAAUGGAUUAAAUUGAGAUUUUGUCUCUGGCCUAUACUCAAUACCCCAUCAUUUCAAGUGGAAUUAUGGUUUUAGAAGUGUUUACACAUUUUAUUAAAAAUGAAAAGCUGAAAUGUCUGAAGUCACUAAAUAAGUUGCAUGGACUCACUGAGUGAAAGUGUUUAACAUGAUUUUUGAAUUACUACCUCGUCUCUACCCCACACAUACAAUUAUCUGUAAGGUACCUCAGUUGAGCAGUGAAUUUGAAAUAGAUUCAACCACAAAGACCAGGGAGGUUUUCCAGUUCCUCGUAAAGAAGGGCACCUAUUGGUAGAUGGGUAAAAAUAAAACAAGCAACAGUUAGUUUGAUGGCUGUGAUAGGAGAAAACGGAGGAUGGAUCAACAACAUUGUAGUUACUCCACAAUACUAACCUAAAUUAGAGUGAAACGGAAGCCUGUACUGAAUACAAAUAUUCCAAAACAUGCAUCCUGUUUGCAAUAAGGCACUAAAGUGAAACUGCAAAAAAAUUUGGCAAAGAAAUUAACUUUUAUGUCCUGAAUACAAAGCCUUAUGUUUGAGGCAAACAACACAUCACUGAGUACCACUUCAUAUUUUCAAGCAUGGUGGUGGCUGCAUCAUGUUAUGGGUAUGCUUGACAUCGGCAAGGACUAGGGAGUUUUUUUUUUAGGAUAAAAAGAAAUGGAAUAGAGCUACGCAGAUGCAAAAUCCUAGAGGAAAUCCUGGUUCAGUCUGCUUUCCAACAGACACUGGGAGACAAAUUCACCUUUCAGCAGGACAAUAACCUAAAACAAGGCCAAAUAAACACUGGAGUUGCUUACCAAGACUAUUGAAUCUUCCUGAGUGGCCUAGUUACAGUUGACUUAAAUCUAUGGCAAGACUUAAAUGGCUGUGUAGCAAUGAUCAACAACCAACUUGGCAGAGCUUGAAUAAUUUUUUUAAUAAUGUGCAAAUAUUGUACAAUUCAGGUGUGCAAAGCUCUGACUUACCCAGAAAGACUCUCAGCUGUAAUCGCUGCCAAAAGUGAAUUAACAUGUAUUGACUCUGGGUGUGAAUACUUAUUUAAGAGUUAUUUCUGUAUUUAAUUUAAUACAUUUGCAAACAUUUCUAAAAACAUUUUCACUUUGUCAUGGGGUAUUGUGUGUAGAUGGGUAAGGACAAAAAACAACAAUUUAAUCCAUUUUGAAUUCAGGCUGUAAAUAUGUGGAAUAAGUAGAGGGGUAUGAAUACUUCAUGAAGGCACUGUAUGUCUGCUGCAGAGGGACGAGAGCCAUGAGAAAAUGACUUUUGAUCAGUCAUGUAAAUAAGUGCUGAAAACCAAUUGGCUCCCUAUUUAAAAAGAUGGAGAACAAGCUAUGAAUAAAAUAUACUGGAGUUUUGGUGCAGGUACAGCCAACUAGCGCAAAAAUAUUGCGAUAUUGUCAAUACGAUAUCGUAAAAAAUUAUAUCACGAUAUGUUACUAUCGAUUUCCCCCCACCAUCACUAUGUGGUAUGUGUAACCUCAAACACACGCACAAGUUCAAAAUCACCUUUUGCCUUUCCCCAGACACUGAGAACCAGUUUGGGCAGACAGACGACGAGCAUCAGGACGAGCUGCCCCCUUCCACCUCACACACGUCCAGCCUCACAGAGGACAACCAGGAGAGUGGCGGUGGCCCACACCCCUCCGCAGGCACCCAGCCCUCGCCCUCAUCGUUCUCCACCGCACCACCUACAGCAGGCCAGCCCCCUCGGAACGCCAGGGAGAGCAUGUUGCAGUGCGCCUCGCUGAGCGUUCAGGAGCAGCACGCCACCAACACCGCGCUGGAGACUGUGUCACGCUCCCUGGAACUGCUGUCCGAGUCGGUGCAGCAGCUGGCCGAGACGCAGCAGGAGUUUGUGCGCGAGUCGCUGCAGCUGCAGAGGGAGACGAUGCACAUACUCCGAGACUUCACCAGUGGGGCCCUGGCCCUCAUGCAUGACAAGCUCAAUGGACGCCCGGCCCUAUAGCCCAGACGUUGCUGCACUAUCUGCCCCUCCUGUGGAGCUGGAUGGGAGUGUUCCUUUACACUGGGUACAAGGUUGUUCGAUUUCUUUCAUUGAGUCAUUCACUCCAGACAUUUCUAGUGGGUUGUGUUCCGAAUUACUGUAUUUAUAGGAGUAACCCUACUGUCUGCCUAAAUUGUUAAAUUAUGAACUGUGUGUGUUAUCCCUCCAAGGGAAAUCCAGAAACUCAAAGCAGAAUUAGGGGUUGCUUGCACAAAUUAAGAGCCUAUUUGUUUCUUCCCCCAUUUCUCAGAUCGUUAAAAUGGAGUCUAGUUUAAGGCUCAGAGAGCUUCUAAAACUUGGCAAAUUCUAAAGUGAGGUAAUGUGUCAUGUUUUCUAAAGUGUCCUGUUAAGGUUCUGAUAAACCUGUUAGAGCGAUAAGGCCCUGUCAUUUGAAAAAGGUGUACUUACUUCUUUAGAUUAUGGACUGAUUUCUGUAUGUUCCUUUUUUAUGUGAGACUGUUUAAAAUUAAUUAUCCUUUUGUCUACUAUGUUGAUGUAGUCUCUCUAUGUACUAUUGUACGGAGAUAUUGUAGAACAUGUAAAUAAAUAAGAUGAACUGCUG